CUCUGAUGUGUCUUGUGUUUUUAAUGCCACCAUGCCGGGCAACUUUUCAACUAGCCCCUGUGUUUUAGGAUCGCGAGGCGUUGUCUAGUGCCUGUCCUGGCCGAAGUCUGGAUUUAAACAUCCUUGUAUAAGGCUGGAUCCUAGCGUUCGUUUGGAUCAAAGGGAUUAGCGUGAGCUUUGAAGUGGCUAAGCUAAGUGUCAACAACGUCACCUUGGUGUCAAACUGAGCUCGUCACGGAAAUGUUCGUUCGUGAUUUGAUCGUGUCCGCCCCAGGAAAAGCGAUCCUUCACGGCGAACAUGCGGUGGUGCACGGGAAGGUGGCCCUUGCUGUCAGUUUAAAUCUACGGACAUAUUUGAAGCUAAAAUCCACCAAUAAUGGGAAAGUCUGCGUUUGCCUCCCCAAUAUCAACACAUUCCUCUCCUGGGACCUGAAAGACCUAAAAAAGAUUCUUACACAUUCCUCUGAUAAGAGGGCGGAGGUGAAACGCUUGGAUACUGAACUUGUGAAGCGAAUACACGAGUUUGUUGGUGUGACAAAUGGAAACCUGGAUACUUGCAAUAUGGCCACUUUAUCUUUCCUCUACAUCUACCUCUCCCUGUUUGGAGCUGGUGAGCUACCCGGUGUGACGAUGUCUGUGUGGUCAGAGCUGCCCACUGGAGCCGGGCUGGGAUCCAGUGCUGCCUACUCGGUGUGUUUGGCGGCCGCUCUGCUGAGUGCAAGUGGAGCCAUUUCAUCCCAGCUGAAGGAGGGUGACCACACUGGAAGGUGGAGUCAGGAGGACCUGGAGCUGAUCAACAGCUGGGCGUUCCAAGGAGAGAUGAUCAUCCACGGUAAUCCAUCCGGAGUAGACAACGCUGUCGGGACAUGGGGCGGCAUGCUGAGGUUCCUGGCUGGGAAGAUAAUUCCACUGAGCAGAGUGCCGUUGUUAAGAAUCCUGCUCACAAACACCAAAGUUCCACGCAGCACCAAGGUACUAGUUGCCAAGGUGAAGGACAAAAUUAACAAGUUUCCUUCCAUCAUGAACCCCCUGCUGGACUCUGUGGAUGCGGUUUCCUGCACUUGUGAGAAAGUCCUGGUGGAGAUGACCUGUGAGCCCAUCACAGGAGAGCACUACAGUAUUUUGGAGGAGCUCAUUGACAUCAACCAGCACCAUCUGAAUGUGAUGGGAGUGGGCCAUCCCGCCCUGGAUGUGCUGUGCCGCGUGACGCUCGCGAGAGGGCUCCACAGCAAGCUGACCGGGGCUGGAGGUGGAGGCUGCGGCAUCACUCUCCUCAGACCAGAAACCGACUCCUCUGUUGUUCAGAGCACAGUUCAGGAAUUGAAAGACUGCGGCUUUGACUGUUGGGAGACCAGCAUUGGCGGACCAGGGGUCCAGGAACAUUCCCCUCUCUCUGUUAAGCAGGAUAUUGUGAGAAUACUUGACAGUUAUUGAGGAAGACCUUGGAAGUAAAGGACAUUUACGACGACUGAGAAUGAAAUCAAGGGAAAUGUCCACAUUGAUGGUGGUAAACGAUCAAGUGGACCACUUUUAUGGCUUUUAAACCCAUGUGUGUUUGAACCGCUGCCUCGUGUAAUAUAAUCAUGAUCCACUAGAUGGCAUCAGAGCUCCACUAAUGUUUUUUUUAACGGCACCACAAGAAAGCCCUGACACCAGAGGAUAAGUCGAUAUUUUAUUAACUCAAUAUGGAAGCGUUCGACAAGCAUUCGUCUUCUCGUGUGCAAAUAUGGAUUUAGGUUUUUAAGCAAAAACCGCGUGGCCUUUGAACAUGAAUAAUGGUCUGUGAAGGUUGAAGAUGAAACUGAAUGACUGUUAGUAAAUAAAUAUAUACAUAUUUUUUGUAAAAUUGUAGAACAAUUACCAACGAUUUUGAUGAAACAAAAUUGAAAAUAAUUCAAACACAACUUCUUUACAGUUAACCAUUGAAAUGGCAUUAAAAUGACUG